AUGUUUUAUUCAGAGACUCUCCUGUCCAAGACAGGACCUCUGGCCCGUGUGUGGCUGUCCGCCAACAUCGAGCGCAAAUUAACCAAAUCGCACAUUCUCCAAGCCGAUAUCGAUACCAGUGUCAAUGCCAUUGUUGAUCAAGGCCAAGCUCCGAUGGCCCUCCGAUUGAGUGGUCAGCUGCUGCUUGGUGUUGUCCGUAUCUACAGCCGUAAAGCGCGUUACCUUUUGGAUGACUGUAAUGAAGCUUUGAUGAAGAUUAAGAUGGCUUUUCGUCUCACAAAUAAUAAUGACCUGACUACAACCGCCGUAGCACCGGGUGGUAUCACUCUACCCGAUGUUCUUACCGAAUCUGAUUUGUUUACCAACCUGGAUGCAUCUCUCCUCUUCCCCCAAAACCUGAAUCUUGAGCCUGCAGGAAAGCAGGCUGGUAGCUUGGAUUUCGGUAGCCAGCCUCUGGGUGAUAGCAGCUUUCGUCGUUCUAUGUCCCAGGAGCCUCUUCGCCUGGAGGAUCCCUCGUUAGUGGAGCUUGAUAUUGGUGAAUCUUUUGACAAUGAUACUACUAUGGAAAUUGGUCGAGAUGCUCCUCCGCCUCGCCCCAUGGAGGAGGACCUCCACAGCGACUCUGGAAAGUUGAUUGACAACGAUGACCUGGUUCUUGAUAUCGGCGACGACAAUGCCCCAUUGGAUGAAAUGGAUCUCGAUGAUGACCACGACAACAUGAACGACCUUCUGGAUGGCCCAAUGGAAUUCGGUGGCGAGGACGACUUUGGUGGCCAGACCCCACGCGCCGAAGAGAACCGAUUUGCCCGUGACACUGAGAGUCCCCUCUCGGACGCUGGAUCAGUUCAGAUGCACCAGCUUGAGGAGGAAUUCAACCGCCAGGCCUCUGAAACUGCCGAGACCGCUGCUCCCCAGCGAGCCCAGCGUGCCAAGCGCGUUAAGAUUGACCCACCCAUGGAAUUGGACGAUAAGGUGCAGCUUACUACUAAAGAGGUCCGGGAUCAAGGCAACGACCGAAAUGGCAUUCUGAAGCCGGCUACAUUCUUGCCCCGCGAUCCUGUUCUUCUCACCCUUGUGACCCGCCAGCAGAAUGGUGACUUUGUCUCCAGCAUCUUUGGCGAGGAGCGUGGUCGUGGCUGGGCUCCCGAGCUGCGUAGUCUGCUGACUCUGGAUUCGGUGAAGAAGGCUGGUGAAUUGAAAAGAAAACGUGACAGUGGUAUUUCCGACAUGGAUGUGGCUGCUGCUGAGGUUCCUGAGCUGGAGUUCGGAGAUGACGAGGCCAUUAUGCCCAUUGACGAAGGCAUUGGUCUUGACACCACCCUGCACCAGCGAUCCGAUAUUGAUUUCCCCGGUGACGAUGUUAACAUGGACAUGCCGAUCAGCGAUGACGGCGACAUGGGUGCGCCACUGGAGGACUUGGAUGACACCAUCCGCCCUGUGGACAACGAGCCCGUGUCUAUUGGUACCAAGCACGCUGUUCACAUCCUGCGUGAGGAGCUGGGCGACUCAUCUUCCGCUCAGAAGAAGAGUGUUCUCUUCCAAGAUCUGCUUCCCGAGAAGCGUGCUAGCAAGGCGGAUGCCACCAAGAUGUUUUUUGAGAUUCUGGUUCUGGCCACUAAGGAUGCUGUCAAGGUUGACCAGAACUCCAAGUCAAUUGGUGCUCCUCUCAAGGUCCAUGGCAAGGAGGCUCUCUGGGGCUCAUGGGCUGAGGAGAAUGCAGCUGGUGCGGCUAGCCAGUUGAGCCAGGUUCUGUAA